AUGUAUAAGGGUUGCGUCUUUACAAGAGACAUUAACAAAGCAAUUCUGAUUAGCGAUGCAAUGGAGACAGGAACAGUUCAGAUAAAUUCUGCACCAGCUCGUGGACCUGAUCAUUUUCCUUUCCAGGGUUUGAGGGACAGCGGGAUCGGUUCUCAAGGAAUAACCAACAGUAUUAGCAUGAUGACAAAAAUCAAGAGCAUUGUAAUCAACUUGCCUACACCUUCUUACUCAAUGGGCUGAGAUUUUAUUGCCAUCAAGUAACUAAAAGAUUUAUCAGCUUAUAAGUAUAAGCCACGUAGAAGUGGACAUUUUCGAGUAUGCGAGAGUUCCUGGAGUAUGAGGAAAUGUUUUGCCUAAUGCAUGGUUUAUGUUGGUACUGUGUGUGAGAAAGAAAGAGAAGACCUCUUGUAAGAAAAUAUUAAGAUCCCAAUAGAGAUGAAGCGCUUUGUAACCUUUCUACAGAUUUACUAGUUUUAUUACACAGGUCUCUCACUCUUUACAGAACAGAGCUACGAUUACAAAACACAGAUGGCUUAAAAAGGGUUUGAGUUCUUGUACCCUUUUUUAUGAAGAGGUGCUGAAUUUCAUAUGGUCUGGAAUACUAGUCCUGAUGCAUUAUUAUAG